AUGAGCUGGUUGUCUUGUUGCGGUGCUGAGGAACAUCACCUCUGUGUUUCUCGUAAGAAGAAACAUAUUAGCGGUGGUGUCGCCCACAAUGGGAAAUCAUUUAGGUCUUUCAUGAAUACUUUGUCUCUCAAAACAGGUAUUCUUAAAACUUAUAAUUUUAGCCAUGUGAAUCAAUGUGCAGAUGGCAGCAACAAGAAAAUAGCUGAAGAAAUUCAAAAGAUCGGAAAAGCAAAAGUUUCGGCUCGUAUCUUCACGUUCCGGGAGCUGCUGGUUGCAACAGACAACUUCAAUUCCGAUUAUCUGAUCGGCGAAGGUGGUUUUGGCAGGGUUUACCAAGGAUACAUUGAAUCCAUUGAUCAUGUUGUAGCUGUGAAGCAGCUUGAUAGAAAUGGAAUGCAAGGAAGUAGAGAAUUCUUCUCCGAAGUUCUCAUGUUGAGUCUGGUUCAACAUCCGAAUCUCGUCAACCUGAUCGGAUAUUGUGCAGACGGGGAUCAAAGAAUUCUAGUUUAUGAAUAUAUGCCAAAUGGAUCUUUGGAAAAUCAUCUACUAGAUUUAGCUCCUGGUGAGCACCCAUUGGAUUGGCAUACAAGGAUGAAAAUAGCUGUAGGAGCAGCCAAGGGACUAGAAUACCUACACGACUUUGCCAACCCGCCGAUCAUUUUUCGUGACUUUAAAGCGUCGAAUAUCUUACUAGACGAGAGCUUUAACCCGAAACUCUCCGAUUUCGGACUUGCAAAGUUGGGGCCAACUGAAGGGAAGGAACAUGUAUCAACAAGGGUGAUGGGGACCUAUGGUUAUUGUGCUCCAGAGUAUGCCAUGACAGGGAAGUUGACAACGAAAUCCGAUGUAUACAGUUUUGGUGUAGUGCUUCUCGAGAUAAUCUCGGGGAGGAGAGCAAUCGAUCUCGAAAGACCGGUCGAAGAACAGAAUCUGGUUGCUUGGGUAUGUUUAUCAUACAUAAUCUUGCAGGCAGAGCCAUUAUUUAAAGAAAAGAAGCUCACAUCGAUGGCCGAUCCCCUGCUCGAAGGGAAUUACCCCUUAAAGGGUCUUUGUCAAGCUCUGGCGGUUGCAGCAAUGUGUCUACAGGAGGAUGCCGAGACCCGACCAUUUAUCGCGGAUGUCAUAUCCGCCAUCGAGUACCUAGCCAGGCCAAAAGACAAAGAAAACAUCGAUGUGGAAUCGCAAAUAAACAAUAGUAUCGACCUGCCGGACUAAACCAACUAACACCAGAGCCAGAAUCAUCAAAUCUACAAGUCAUUCAUAACAGUACUAGGAUGAUGUUUGUCUAGAAAA